GACAUACAGCGCCGGCUUAAGACCAGGACCUUGGAGAGCGCAGCGGAAAGAACCAAACGCAGACAACUUUCUCUAGAGUACAUGUGUAAAGCGAUGUUACAACGGACCGGCCCCCAGCUGCUUCUCUUAAUAGCCCUGUGCAGUGUGUUGUACUCCCGGACUCUGAGUCUGCCAUACACAUCCAUGAGACCGACGAGACACGCAGACGGUCUGUUCACCAGCGGAUACAGCAAACUCCUGGGACAGCUAUCAGCGCGGAGGUACCUGGAGUCUCUGAUCGGAAAGCGGGUCAGUGAUGAGCUGAUGGACGAGCCAGUGAAGCGUCACUCAGACGCCAUCUUUACAGACAAUUACAGCCGGUUCCGCAAACAGAUGGCCGUCAAGAAAUACCUGAACUCAGUCUUAACAGGAAAGAGAAGCCUAGAAGAUCCUGGAACCAGCGGCCCAGAGGAGUCCAGGGACGAACCCAACACUUUCCAGGAGAGCUAUGAUGAUAUCAACGUAGAUCACCUCCUAAACAACUUUCAGCUGCCACUUUGAGGAGGGGCCUGUGCUCGAGUGAAU